UAGAACUCCGGGUGGAAGUGGAGGUAGGAUGUUUUCGCUCCGUUAUUUUGACGCUGAGCCGCUCUGACACUAUGAAUUUCUACAAAAGACCUGGCUGUUUUCAAGUUCCUAAAACAGAUGUUUUAAAGCGAACAUGUAGUCGGGAGCAGCUAUGUCCCUCCAGCUGUAAGCAGUCCGGGGAUGAGUGGGAUUGAAGUAGACCGAAACGGGAGGCGGACGUAAAGUGGAUCCCGUAAAUAAAACAUCAAAGCAUCUCCUCCCUACAUGGAACCUUGUAACGUUACCGUGGAGUAAAGGAAAGAGAUGGGGAAAGUGAUUUAAAACUGGACCUCUAACAAAGAAAAUAUUUUAAAGACGUGCGCGUUUCUGCUUUAAGCUCCCGUUCGGACUACCAGGAUGCUGCGGGGCUGUGCCCCGUUUCAGGAGCCGCGCAUCCCGCCUGCAACCAUAGGAUGGUGCCGAUGAUGUGCGGGCCUGUGGAGAUCCGCCAUUUAUGACUGGAGACUGAUCGACUUAUUAGUGGCAUCUUUUCGGCGCACUAAGGGUGUUGUAAGCACCUUCUGAUUCCUCCUGUAAAAGGUUUGACUUUCCUUUCUGUGUGGAUAACCCUGUCUUCAGUCUCCUCUACCUGGACAGAAGAGUUGGAUAAUUCUGAAUUUGUCUGCUUCUCUUUCCUUAAUUCCCCAUCUCAGCUACCUCCAUUCAGAUCUCCAGCCAUAAUGGAGUCAUGGAGGAAUCACAUGCUUGCUGAGGUUAGGCCACAGUUUGGCUCUUCACUGCCAGACAUCUGUAACAAAUACUGACAUAGUUUUAAUAGUUUUAAUUCCAUAUGACCAUCUGAACAAAUUGAUCGUGAGUACUCUUCCCUUUCCCAAAGGAAUACCAGCAGCACCAAAGACUUCCUUGCUUAGGUAAUCCUAAUCUGUAUGGUUAUGCAGGAUUUUCCCUACUAUAAAAUUUUCUUCAGUUUCAGUUAAAUACGGACAACUCCUAGUGCCUUCUUUUUUUCUGUUGAACCCACUCCAUUAACCUCCACCAUUCGGCCGUCCCUCACAACCGCAGUCCUCCCCCCUCGCCCCCGUCACCACUCAUCCUCUAACUCCUCUUCCCCAUCCUCCCUUCUCCACCAUCACCACUUCCCUCAGUCCCCCUUCCACGAACAGCUAUCUUCGCCUCCUGCUUUCGCUUCUGCCCCAGCCGUGGGCAUGGCAGCGGCUGCCACUGCAUCCGCCUCUUCUGCAUCACCUCCACUACAGACAGCCUCGGCGUCCAACAGCAAUGCCCACGAGCACCUGCUGGCGGUGCGCCGCCGUGCUCCGCACAGUCGACCGUACACAGUGGGACUGGACAACCUCAGCAGUUUGUCGGUACAGGUAACAGCGGGAUCCUCAGCUUCGUCGUCCUCUGCUGUGCCAUCCGGGACCCAGCUGGAAUCAGCCGGCCUGGGACUGCAGAGGGCCAAUAGUGACACAGAUCUUGUGACCUCUGAAAGCCGCUCAUCACUUACGGCGUCCACAUACCAACUGACUCUUGGUCAAGGCCACCUGGUGAUCUCUUGGGACAUAAAGGAGGAAGUGGAUGCCACUGAUUGGAUCGGCCUUUAUCACAUUGAUGAGACAUGUGUGGCCAACGUCUGGGAGUCCAAGAACCGUGGAGUAAAUGGUACUCAAAAAGGACAGGUUUUGUGGAGACUGGAGCCUGAGCCCUAUUUCAUGGAGGCUGAGACAAAGAUCUGUUUCAAAUAUUAUCAUGGAAUAAGUGGAGCAUUAAGAGCAACAACUCCUUGCAUCACUGUGAAGAACCCAGGAGUCCCAGUGAGAGGUGAAGGCCAAGUGGAGGAGCAGUCAGGAAGUGAACAUUGUCGAAAACUUGUCAGCUUCACUCUGUCAGAUAUCCAGGCAGUGGGGUUGAAGAAGGGGAUGUUUUUUAACCCUGACCCAUACUUGAAAAUGUCCAUCCUUCCCGGGAAGAGGAGUGGCCUCCCCAAAUUCACUCACCAUGGCCAGGAGAGGCGCUCCACCAUUAUAGCCAACACCAUCAACCCUGUGUGGCACGGGGAGAAGUACACCUUUGUGGCUCUGAUGACUGAUGUGUUGGAGAUUGAAGUGAAGGAUAAGUUUGCCAAGAGCCGACCAAUCAUCAAGCGCUUUCUGGGUCAUCUGAUCAUCCCCGUACAGAGACUUCUUGAGGGGCCCACAGUUGAGGGUCACCAGGUCAGCUAUAGCUUGUGUCGCCGCCUCCCGACAGACAAUGUGAGCGGCCAGCUUCAGUUCAGAGUGGAUAUCACUUCCACCGGACAAGAAGAAGCCUCCCCAGACGCUGCUGGAGGAAGCCUCCUGGGCAGCGGAGACCCUGGCAGCCCAUCUGAUGAUGAAGAUCUUCCUCAAGCCUCCUCAUCAUCUCGUGUCACAAGUGGACCUUCUCCCAUGGGUUCCGACAAUAGCCCCUUGUUGGUGAAUGGCCUUUGUUGCUAUGGAGAGAACAUUAUGUGGCAUGAGCCCGGACACGUGGGAGAGAAUGACCUGCCCUCUGCGGCUCCGGGGCAUCUCACCCAUCGACAGGUGUCCCUCAAUGACUACCUUGACGCUCUUGAGGCCCCCACUGGCCACGGGGACCGACUUUUGGUGCCGCCUUUGCCUAAACUGCGCUCCAGCUUUCCAACUGACACACGACUCAACGCCAUGCUGCACAUUGAUUCAGAUGAGGAUGAGGAUACAGCGGGGCAGCAUAGAGACCUAUCACAGAGCACAAGGGCAGAACAGAGCACGGACUCUGUAAGCAGAUCACCUGCACAGAACGAAGAUUUAAAGGAAGAUAUUGGAGCUGGAGCAGAGGAAGGUUCUUCUUCUGCGGGUCAGCUACCAACUGAGCCUCCAAAUUCUGGAAAUGAAGUAGCAGCAGAUGAAGGGGAAAACGAAGCUUGUGCUCUAACCAGAGCAUCGGUAGAUGGGGCUGAAGGGUCUGCUGGAGCAGCACAGGUGACUGAAGAAACAGCUGUCUUCUCAUCCCAAAAGCCUGGAGCUGAGGCUGCUGCAGCCGAUCCACAGGGAGAUUCCGUACCACAAUGUUCCUGUCAGGAGCAGAGUAGCAGGAUGGGAACCUGUAGCCCUUCCCUGGGUCCUCUUUCACCCAUUCAAGAGGUUGAAUCAAGGAAAGAACUUGCUCCAAAAGCAGAAGAGGAAGGGGCAGAGUCUUCAAGCAGUGAGGUGAACGGGCCAGUUGGAGCAUCUGCUCCGAACAGCAGCAGAGAUGCUAGAGGAGGAGAGAGUUCUGAAGUUGGUGCCACAGCUCAGGUCAACAGUCAUCAGUCUGUUCGGUCCCUUCCCUCUGUCCGCCAUGACAUCAGCCGCUAUCAAAGAGUAGAUGAGCCUCUGCCUCCUAAUUGGGAGGCUCGCAUUGACAGUCAUGGUCGCAUCUUUUAUGUGGAUCAUGUGAACAGAACAACAACAUGGCAGCGGCCUACUGCUCCCCCGGCCCCACAGACUCUACAGAGGUCCAGCUCCAUACAGCAGAUGGAACAGCUCAACCGCAGGUAUCAGAGUAUCCGAAGGACGAUAACAAAUGACAGCAGACAGGAGGAGCAGCCAGCCAGUGAGCUGCUUGGGGAUGAGACUGAUAUGCAUCCAUCUGUUCCAGAGCUCCGGAGGGACAACGGUGUGGCUCAGGCCAGUUCCAGGUCUCGCAUCUCCUUGCUGCUGCAGUCCCCCACCGCCAAGUUCCUCACCAGUCCUGACUUCUUCACUGUGUUGCAUUCCAACCCUAGUGCCUAUCGCAUGUUUACCACCAACACAUGUCUGAAGCAUAUGAUCAGUAAGGUUCGUAGAGAUGCACACCACUUUGAGCGCUACCAGCACAACCGUGACCUGGUGGCUUUUCUCAACAUGUUUGCGAAUAAACAGCUCGAGCUGCCCAGAGGCUGGGAGAUGAAGCAUGACCACAGCGGCAAGCCUUUCUUUGUGGAUCAUAACUGCCGUGCUACCACAUUCAUUGACCCUCGGCUGCCUGUUCAGAGCUCUCGUCCAAGCCUUCUAUCUCACCGCCAACAUCUGACCCGACAACGUAGUCACAGUGCUGGGGAGGUCAGUCCAAGGCAACUGGUGGGUGAAGAAACGCAUCACCCUGGUCCUCCAGUCUUGCCACGACCUUCAAGUACCUUCACCUCAGCUAGCAGGGGGCAGUGCCAAGAGGUUGUCCCUGUGGCUUACAAUGACAAGAUUGUGGCUUUUCUUCGACAACCAAACAUCUUUGAGAUUUUGCAGGAGAGACAGCCGGACUUCAGCAGAAAGCAUGUACUCAGGGAGAAGGUCCAGCUGAUCCGCACAGAUGGUGUGUCAGGACUGACCCGACUGUCAGGAGAUGCGGACCUUGUCAUGCUGCUGAGUCUGUUUGAAGAUGAAGUGAUGUCCUAUGUCCCUCCUCAUGCCUUACUUCUCCCCAGCUACUGCCAGUCACCUCGGGGAUCCCCUGUUUCCUCCCCGCAGAACUCACCAGGAACUCAGCGAGCCAAUGCCAGAGCCCCAGCUCCUUACAAGAGAGACUUUGAGGCAAAACUCCGCAACUUCUACAGAAAACUGGAAACUAAAGGCUAUGGUCAAGGCCCUGGAAAGCUAAAAGUGACUAUCCGUCGGGACCAUCUCUUGGAAGAUGCUUUCAACCAGAUCAUGUGCUACUCCCGGAAGGACCUGCAGCGCAGCAAGUUCUACGUCAGUUUUGUUGGGGAGGAGGGCUUGGACUACAGUGGGCCUUCUAGGGAGUUUUUCUUCCUGGUUUCCAGGGAAUUGUUCAACCCAUAUUAUGGUCUGUUUGAAUAUUCAGCCAAUGACACCUACACCGUUCAGAUCAGCCCCAUGUCGGCCUUUGUAGACAAUCACCAUGAAUGGUUCCGUUUCAGUGGCCGCAUUCUGGGUCUGGCUCUGAUCCAUCAGUAUCUGCUAGAUGCCUUCUUCACCAGACCCUUCUAUAAAGGCCUUCUGCGCAUUCCCUGCGAUCUGAGUGACCUGGAAUAUCUGGAUGAGGAGUUCCACCAGUCUCUCCAGUGGAUGAAGGACAAUGAUAUAGAAGACAUGCUUGACCUCACCUUUACUGUCAAUGAGGAAGUGUUUGGACAGGUCAGACUCUGAUAUUACCUACAUAUUUAAAUGCUUACUGCUAUCUUGUUAACAAGUGAUCAAUUAGAAAAUACUGAAAUAAAGUUUUUGGUCACAAAUAUACCUUUUUUUUAUUUUUUUGGUUCAGAUAGCCUUUAUUUGCGAGCAGCUAGACAGAAAAGUAGGUACUAAGACAGUGGUUCUUAACCGGGGUUCGAUCGAACCCUAGGGGUUCGGUGAGUCGGUCUCUGGGGUUCAGCGGAGCCUCCGCCACAAAUAUUUUUGUAACAUCAAUUUGAUCAAUUAUGUAAAUUCGUCAUGACACACCCCGCUUGGCCAUCACUUGCUGCAGGUGAUCACGUUACAUUAAUUGACCAAUCAGUGCUGCGGGGAAUUUAGCGUGCUCAGUAGUCACCGUGUGGUUUCUUUCUUAAUGUUUUAAUCCAUACUAUGUCAAGCAAAAAAAGAAAGUGGUCGGACGAAUAUGUACAACAUGGAUUCACAUGUAUCACGGAACGUGAUGGGAGUCAGCGUCCUAUCUGCAUGAUUUGCAAUGUCAAGUUGAGCAACUCUAGUCUCACACCUGCAAAACUGAAGGAACACUUCUUGAAGCUGCAUGGAGAUGGGGAAUACAAGAACACAACGCUCGCUGAAUUCAAGGUGAAAAGAGCCAGAUUCAAUGAAAGGGCCACUCUGCCUGCUCUUGGAUUUGUACCCAUGAACAAACCGAUCCUCACCGCAUCGUACGAAGUUGCUUACCUGAUCGCAAAGCAGGGCAAGCCGCACACCAUCGGUGAAACACUCA